UUACCUUAAGAUCAGUUAUUCCGAGUGCCAGCGAUCAGCCCGACUAAGGAAUGCAAACAAAAUGUUGGAAAAACGUUCUCAAACUCUAAAAAGAAAGAGGCGACCCAUACCUUGUACAAAUAUUUUCAAACCUGUAUGUGGUUCAUAUAUGGGAGUAAAAUCCUCCUUUAGAAAUGAAUGUCUUCUAAACGCUGAAAAUGUCAAAUUUAAUAGAGAUUGGCGCAUUGUUAAGAACGGCAUGUGUGCUGAAGACUAUUCUAACUCACGUAAACGUAAGGAGAAACCAGAAAAACCUCAUUCGAUUAAAAAGCGUAGCUUCGAAAAUAACUUCUACCCUCAACACACAAAUGAACAACAUGAUCCUGACUUUAAUACAAACAACAAUUUUGAAAAUUAUAAAAAUCAAGCCAAUUUAUCACCAAAUGAUUUAUACCUCUAUAUGCCACCAGCAUUUCAGACACAAUAUUUAAAUCAUGAUUCCCAAGCCUAUCAUGAUCCCAUACCCGUACAUAAAGCUUAUGAUGAAAUAUUUAAUAAAAUGAUGGCAUUGCUUCCCCCGCCGACAUCUAAUAUACAAAUGCAAGAUAUGGAGUCAGAAGAGGAAACACAUAAACUUGAAGAUUCGAUGUUUCAAGAAUCGGUUAUUAAACCCAUGCCUUUCGCAGCUAAUAUGAUGAAUUUUAAUUAUAUCACUGAGCGAAAUUUGGCACACAAUAUAAAUCGUAGUCCAUCUUUAUCCAUAGAUGUAAAUUCUUUUAUGGAUAAGUUAAAUAAUAAAGAUUACUAUGAAAUCGAAAAAGUCGCUGUUGAAAACGAAAAUAAAGAAAUUGAGGACAUUCCUACCACUUUUCCACCAACAAGUGAAACAUCUCCGGAAACAACUAAAACUUCAAGUAGAAUUGCUGCCACUAAAAGUAGACCUAAAGUUUCCAAUAAACAUUUAAAAACUGAAAAAGUUUCGAACAGUACUAAAGAGUGUAAAUUUGGCUCCACCUCAAUAUGUGGUAUGCUAGCAGAUGGCAGCGUUCGAACAUUUGAAACAAUUUGUGAAAUGAUGACCGCUAAUGUUUAUCUGAAAAAUACUUGGACCAAGCUACAUGAAGGUGUUUGUGAAGAUUGUAAAUAUAAUUGUUCUCGUGAUUACCAACCAAUAUGUGUCACCAGAAAUGGAGUUAAUUACACCAUGGUCAAUGAAUGUUAUUUUAAUAUGGGCAUUUGUAUGGAUAAAAAAAGCAAAUGGCAAAAACUAAGCGACAGUGAAUGUGAACGUUAUACCCGCAUACCCGAUAAAUACGCCAAUUCGAAACCAGGAUUUCCUUAUACCAGCAACUAUUUUGUUUCCCAAACAACACCAUUACCAAGUUCAGAUUCGCUGUCACUCGACAAAAAUCCAAAAUUACUAAAGUUAAAAUAUCGUAAAAGUAAAAAACGGAAUUUUAAUCCUAAAAGAGCUGUUAGUAGACGUUCAAAUUCCCACAGAUGUUGUUCACGAUCGCAUUAUCGUAAUCAAUUUGGCCACGAUAAUAUGAAAUGUAAAUGUUGGGCAGAUACAACUCUUCGAACACCCACUACUCGUUUGGCAUUACAUGAACAACAAACUGAAUCGUAUAUAAUGCGUUUAGUUAAAGAUAAAGUUGAGAGAGGAAUGAUGCCCUAAACCGAAAUGAAGUAUUUCAAAAUAUUUAUUUUUUAUACCGUUUUAUAAUUUUUUUAUAAAAAUAUAUAUAAUAAUAGUUGUUGUUUUUUUAGGACAUAAAUAGGUUCAAAUUUAAUAAGAAGCUUUUAAAAUAAGUUUAAAUAUUUUUGGUGUAGAA